AUGCCCAUGCACACCCGACCGAGUUCCACGUUUUCUGUGGUCACUUCACCGAAUCUUCGAUCGUCCAGCACCGAUCCACGGACUCACAAAGUGUGCUGCAGAACGAGCGUACAGGUCGUGGACCAGUUUGCACCACUGGCCAAGAAGGGACGCGACUUGUUGAACAUGACUGAAUGUGGCAAACAAUCCAAAACACGGAUCGCCCACGGUAAAGUAGCCGAAGUGUUCGAAUUUCCAUGGAUGGCUCUGCUUCAAGGCUUCGACGGGAGCUUCCACUGUGGAGGCAGUCUGAUUGCGGAACGAUACGUCCUCACGGCAGCUCACUGCAAUAAAAUUCGAGUCUAUUCGGUGCGUUUGGGUGAAACGGACAUUUCGCAAAAGGAAGACUGCAUCCGGUAUCCAGACGGAGAUGAAGAAUGUUCUGCGCCACCCCAGGACAUCCCAGUGGAGAAGUUUUUGAAAAAUAGGCUGCACAGUGCAAGCCAAAAGAAGAACGACAUCGCCCUGGUGAGGCUGCAGUGGGCUGCGCAGCUCAGUGACAGUGUGCGUCCCAUUUGUCUGCCACUGCCGGAAGUAUCGAGAAAAACUCUGCCAAAGAAAAUGACUGUUUCUGGAUGGGGCUAUACCGAGGUCUCCAAAAUGACAUCGAACCAAUUACGAUACGCUAACAUACCGAUUCAAAGCCUAACCCGGUGCAACCAAACCCUCAGACGUCUGAAAACGGACUGGUCGGUAGAUCAAAGCCAAAUUUGUGCCGGUGUCGACGAUGACAAGGCCGACAACUGUCAUGGAGAUAGCGGCGGACCUCUUCAGUACUUUGGUAAAACCGGAUUCGUGAUACACGGGAUUGUGUCUUACGGUGUAUCGACCUGCGGCACGGAAGCUGAACCUGGCAUCUACACCAAGGUUUCGCAUUACAUGGACUGGAUCAUCGACAAUUUAAUAUAG